GCGAACUUUAUCGUGGAUGUUCUCUACUAAAUCUUUUCAGCAAAAAUAUGGCAAUAUCGCAAAAUGAUCGAGUAUGACACAUAGAAUGGACUUGCUAUCCCCGUUUGAAUAAGAACAUCUAAUUUUAGUAGGCCUUUAACCCCCCAAAUCCAACCAUAACACAGUAGGAGGCCACGAGGAAGACCCAGGACACGUUGGGAAGACUAUGUCUCCCGGCUGGCCUGGGAACGCCUCAGGCUCCCCCGGGAAGAGCUGGACCAAAUGGCUGGGGAGAGGGAAGUCUGGGCUUUCCUGCUUAGGCUGCUGCCCCCGCGACCUGACCUCGGAUAAACAGAAGAUGGACGGAUGUUUAGUUGAAUAAUUAUGGAAAUAUGUCUAUGGAUAUUUUCAUUCAUCCAGGUAAGUCUAUGAGCAUGUUGAAGCCUGAUGAGAGGCAAAACGUCCAUCCAUCCAUCCAUUUCUACCGCUUAUUCCCUUUUGGGGUCGCGGGGGGCGCUGGCGCCUAUCUCAGCUACAAUCGGGCGGAAGGCGGAGUACACCCUGGACAAAACGUAUUUAAGACAAACUAAACAGUCCAGUUGCGAUCGAUUGAAUGCCCUGCGAUUGCAACUGAAAAUAAUAUGACAUGUGUUCACCUCUGCACUUCAGCCGGAACUUACCUGACGUCAUUCUUAUAUGGUCAGAGUCAGACCCCGACUUGUGCUGCUCAUGGCUGACCGGCACACAAAUGCGUCGUGGAAUACAGGUGCAACCGGCUUGGCAGGGGAUGCAGCUGCCGUCAAAAUUGUGGAGUUGUCCAAAAAGAACCGAGAGCUGACUGCUGAAGUGGAGCGAGAAAGGUCUAAAUUCAAACAAAACAACAACCGAAUCAAGGAUCUUGAGAAGCAGCUGCAGGCAGCGCUUCAAUCUCUACCAGGUCAGAAGAUUGAUGUCAAUGUUCAGAAAUCAAACUUUUCUAAAGACGCAGAGGACAAUCCAGCAGUGAAGACUUUGAAGGAGAAAUUAGCGGCUGCUCAGCUCAAAACCACAGAAUACCGCAACCAGGUUCAGUUUCUUAAACAAGAGUUAAAAGUGGCUCAGAAGGUUUUGAUCAGCGAGGUGGGUGAAGAGGUCAGCAUUCAGCAAUUACUGGGUUGUCCAGGCAGCUUUAGAGGACGUGCACAGCAGAUACUGGCUCUUCACUCAAGGGUGCGAGAUCUGGAGCAGCAGAUAAAGAAGGCGUCAACUCUGUCUUGCGUGCAGACUGUGGAAGAAGAACCUCCUGGUUUUGGAAAUCCCCCAAAAAGCUCAACUCAUUUCCGCAACAUCAGCCACAUCCGCACAAUUGAGAAGGAGAAAAAGGAAGCCUUUGAGAGGAUUUCUGCUGGUUAUGAAGCCCUACAGAAAGAAUAUGAAGAUGUGAAAAUGAAGCUAGAAGCCUCCAAGGCCAGGAAUAAAUGCCUGUCCGAGGAAAAGACAGCUCAGAUAUGCACCCUGAAACUCAAAAGUAAACAUGACAACGAGCUAGUAGAAGUUCUGCUGAAGGAGAAGGCCCAGAUGAAAGAGACGUUGAGUCAGCUCACCAAACAACUGGAAGCACAGAACACAGUGACCCAGCCGAGCACAGCCCAAAACCUGGACACAGAGCUGAUGUCCGUGCAAAAUACUCUCAUCCAGAAUUUGUACCAAGUAGUUACGGACAAGGAAAACACCAUCAAAGAAUUAGAGGAGAAAUUCCUGCAUCUUUCAGUCAAGGAGCAAUGUGUGGAGAAUCAGGCCGAACCCAAUAGCUCCACUUCAGCACUUUCCCCAGAAGAGAGCGCCAUUGAAGAGAAAACCUCUCCUGUUUCUUCCUCUGCUGUGAACGGGCCGUGGUUUCUGUAACUCUGCGCAUCGCUGAGGAACUGACAUUAGAAACAUUGCCGAACACCACUGGAUCACAGGAAAUGGAAAACAAGUAACCCUCCCAGUUAGUCUUUUUACACAAUAGUCAAGUAAGGCGACCAGUAGAGACAUUAGGUCUGACUCAUUUGAACCCAUCAGAACCUUUGCAGGCAGACACAAUCCCCCGCAGAGGCAUUAUAGCGGCGCUCGUGCAGCAGCAGCUGCAGCGACAAAAUUAGAUUGUUAGAGCAAGUGGAGACUGUGUUUUACUGUGAAAAUUCAUUUUGUCUCUUCUGCUUACUUUUUAAUACCAUAAACAAUCAUUUUCUCCCCUCCUUCAUUUGAUCUUUAUUAACGUGACAUUGGAAAUACACAUAAGAUGCAACGCACCACUAUUAAGGCCAGGCAGAGAUGGUGAUGUUGUCUCCCGGCUGGCCAUCGAGCCGCAGGAAAUGGGGGCACUGAGGGCAUCGCUAAAGAGCACUCAGCACGGUGACCUGGAGCUUUACUUGCUUGACGUGAUGAGACAAGUCAUGCAUGGCUUCCUGUAGGCUUGUGACAUCCCCAGCCAAGACAGAGAGCGCUGCAACUUGGCCUUGGCCUGUACUGCUCCUACCUUCUCUUGUCACGUGACAGAUGGCAGCCUCCAGAAAAAGGAUCCGUAUUACUCUUUCCCAUCCACACCGACGCCACACUAAACCCUGUUUUUCCUGUGUGACAAUUCUGAUUGUUCCUUUCUUCUGUGGCCUGAGUGUAAACACUUGAGAGGUUUUAGUUUCAAAGUGUUUAUCUCAGGUGUUAUGAGUCACCAUAUGUCCUGAUUGCGGAAUUGUUUUUCCCCACUUAGUGACAAUCUGAAGGAUAUUUUUAAUCAACUGUAACACUUUUAACCUUUUAUCAGACCUGCUGAGCACUUGCACUGAAAAUGGAUGAAAAAGUAAUUGUUUUGGUCAUCUGUAUGGUAAUGUGGCUUUUCUAAGAAAGCAAUUGAAAAACAUCAGCUUUUCAAAAUCACAGUCAAACAUGUGUUAGCAUUCACACUAAUUUCCCCUUCAGAGAAAGUGUUAUAAACCUUGUCCAUAUUGGCCACUAAUAUCAAAAUGCACUACAAUGAUCUUGAUAGAAUUAUCUAAGGUUUUGUUAUUUAAUUGUUUACUCUUAAUAAUACCUUUCCUACAAUAUGACUUGUUUUGUGCUUUCCUCCAUAAUGUUUAAUUUGGAUCAUUUAAUAAAUAAA